AUGUCAUUUAUUUUAUUGGAUGCCAUCGAUGAAGACAUCGGUGAUCACAUGGACAGGAGACCACGAAGGUUCCGCGACCGCCAAAAUCCUCUCGAGACGAUGUCAGACAUAGAAUGUGUCCAAAGAUAUCGUCUCGAUCGCCAAGGAGUACACAAUAUAUGUGUGCUCCUCAACGAAGAACUUCAGCGGCCAACAAAGCGGUCGCAAUCACUGCCCGUUGUGGUGCAGGUUUGCGCGGCGCUCCGUUUUUUUGCGCAGGGCGCAUUUUUUCGGGCCACAGGUGACACGAUAGGCAUUAGCACUAAAUCAAUGUCACUUGUGGUCCAUAAUGUGGCCGAAGGUUUGGCCAAACGUUUUCGGGACUACAUUAAGUUCCCGGAAACUAAUGAAUUGAGGGAAAUAAAACAAGGUUUUUAUUCCCUCAACGGUUUUCCGGGAAUAAUUGGUGCCAUAGACGGCACCCAUAUCCCGAUAUUGGCCCCACCGGGAGAAGUGGAACCGUCGUACGUUAAUCGAAAAGGAUUUCAUUCGAUUAACGUACAAUUGACUCCACUCUCCGAUCAAGUCCCGGAUAUUGGUUGGUUGUUGGGCGACUCUGGAUACCCUCUUGAGCCGCAUUUGAUGACGCCGUUUACCAACCCAACGACGCCAUCACAGGUUAAUUAUAACCUGGCGCACACCAAAACCCGCAAUGUGGUAGAGCGGGCUUUUGGUGUGCUCAAAAUGCGGUUCCGCUGUCUUGAUUGGACGGCAGGGAAAAUGAUGUUCCGGCCAAAGAGGGCUGUUAAUGUCAUCAUUGCCUGUUUUGUUCUCCAUAAUAUAGCACAAAAAAUGCAUUUUUAUGGAGAACAAGCAGUUGGUCAUGAAGAUGACACAACUAAUGAUGACUUGCCCUACAAUAGUGGAACCGCUAAUCGCGGUUUAGAAAUAAGGGCUAAUUUACUGUCUUAUUUUUAG